UGGAUAUACGAAUAUAACCGAAUAUACAUAUGAAUUAUUCUAUUUGGAUUUGUCAACAUCAUUUGAAAAUGACAAAUUAACAUGGACAUCAAUUCCUGACGGAUUUCUUCCUAUAUAUACAUGGCGGUCAACUGCAGUUUUAAGUUUGGAUAAUUCUACAAUUUAUCUAUAUGGAGGAUACAUGAUGAACAAAGAUGAAGAAUAUGAUUUUUCAAAUCUCGUCUACACAUAUGAUUAUCCUACUUCCACAUGGUCUGUACCAAAACUUGGUGGUGAUCCGGUUCCUCCUAGACAGGAUAUAAAAGGAGUAAUUGAUAAAACGGGAAAAAUGUACAUAUUUGGUGGAUUUAAUGCCACUAAUUUAACAUCAAAUCGAGGAGUUCUUUACAAUGACAUGAAUGUAUUAAAUACAGUUUCAAAUACUUGGACAACUUUAAGCAUAUCUGGAAGUCUUCCGAAUAGAGCUAACGAAUAUGCUGUUAAUAUUUUGCCAAAUGGAAUUAUUGUUUAUUUUGGCGGAAUAGAAAUGGUUAUUGAUGAUGCGGAUUUCACUGUUGCGGAUAUAAACAAAAUUAAACUUUUUGAUACAAAUACAAAUGAAUGGUCACUGAUGGAUGCCACCGGCGAUGUAAUUGAGUCAAGAAUAUCUUUUUCUUCCGUGUUAA